GCAUUUGCACUUAAAUUUCUCUUUUUUUACUUCCAUUUUCUCCCAUUUCCUCUAAUAGAAAAAUCUUUAUCAAUUCUUCUAAUGAACUGUCUCUGUUUUUGUCACCAAAACUCUCUUUGAACUCAAGUCUUCUUCUUUUACUACUACUACUUUCUAGUUAUAAGAGGUAUCUUUCAACUUCAUUCUCUUAAUUUGAACUUUUCCAUACUUGGGGUUGUUACAUUUUCUACAAUCUUGGAUUCAUCCUCAAGCUUUCUCUCAUUUUGUUACUAAAAACAAAAUCAAGAACUCAUUUUUCUGUUUCUUGAUUGACCCAUUUCUCCAACUUCUGUUAUUUUUAAGUAAUUCUAAUGAUGGGUUCUUUCAGUUUUCGGUUUUUGUAAAGCAUUGCUCUUUUUUGUUGUUUAUGGGAAAUGAUUACAAGAAGAGGAAAAAUGAGAAAUUGGGUUUUAUUUGGAGUUUUAGUGACUGUUGGACUGGUUUUUCUGAAAUGUGAUGCUUUUCCAUCAAAUGAAGUUCAUGCUCUAAAUAACUUCAGGGAAGCUAUAUAUGAAGAUCCACAUCUGGUAUUCUCAAAUUGGAAUACCUUAGAUUCAGAUCCUUGUGGAUGGUCUGGAAUUUUUUGCUCAACGGCACGAGAUCAUGUCAUAAAAAUUAACAUUACUGGUGCUUCUUUGAAGGGUUUUCUUUCGCCGAACUUGCAUUUGAUUUCUUCUUUGCAAGAACUGAUAUUGCAUGGAAAUGUACUGAUUGGUACAAUACCGAAGGAGAUUGGCUUGUUGAAAAAUUUAAAGGUCUUGGAUUUGGGUUCUAACCAGCUCGCAGGACCAAUUCCUCUCGAGCUUGGCAAUUUGUCAAACAUUAUAAAGAUAAACCUUCAAUCCAAUGGAUUAACAGGUAAAUUGCCCUCUGAGCUUGGUAAAUUGAUAUACCUUCAGGAACUUCGCCUGGACAGAAAUAAGCUCAAAGGACCACUGCCUGCCAGUAAUGGCUCAAAUUUUACAUCCAGUGCGUAUGGGAUGCAUGCCUCUGGUGCCAAGCCUACUGGUCUUUGUCGUUUAUCUCAACUGAGAGUUGCUGAUUUCUCCUUCAACUUCUUCUUUGGUAGCAUACCGAAGUGUCUGGAGUACCUUUCAAAAACUAGCUUUCAAGGAAAUUGCCUUCAAGCAAAAGAUCCCAGGCAGCGUUCUACUGCUUUAUGUGGAGGCACUCCACCUGCCAAAAGCAAUCCAGCGCAGAGCAAUAAUAAGCACCGGACUGUUGAAGGAAGAGCCAAACAUAAGUCUGCUUCAAAACCUACCUGGCUUUUUGUGUUAGAAGUGGUAACUGGAGUUAUUGCAGGUUCUCUCUUCCUUGUGGCUAUUUUGGCUGCCAUUCAGAAGUGUAAGAACGAAUCUUCUAUUAUCAUCCCUUGGAAGAAAUCAGCAAGUAUGAAAGACCAUUUGAAAGACCAUAUGGCAGUUUAUGUAGAUACUGAGAUGCUAAAGGACGUUGAAAGAUAUAGCAGACAAGAACUUGAGGUAGCUUGUGAAGAUUUCAGCAACAUUAUUGGAUCCUCACCAGACAGCUUGGUCUAUAAAGGAACUGUGAAAGGCGGACCUGAAUUAGCUGUAAUUUCCAUCUGUGUCAAAGAAGAGCAGUGGACCACCUAUCUAGAGCAUUAUUUUCAGAAAGAGGUAGCAGAAUUGGCCAGAAUAAAUCACGAGAACACUGCAAAACUUCUAGGUUACUGCAGAGAGAGCAGUCCCUUCACAAGGAUGUUGGUGUUCGAGUAUGCAUCUAACGGGACUUUAUAUGAACACCUCCAUUAUGGAGAAGGAUGCCAACUUUCUUGGACGCGGCGAAUGACAAUAGUUAUUGGCAUCGCUAAAGGACUGAAAUAUCUCCAUUCAGAACUUGACCCGCCAUUCACUAUAUCAGAACUGAAUUCAAAUGCUGUAUAUCUCACAGAAGAUUUUUCUCCCAAGCUUGUUGAUUUUGAAAGUUGGAAAACAACAUUUGCCAGAUCAGAAAAGAAUUCCGGUGCUAUCAGUAGUGAAGGAGCAAUGUGUGUCCUUCCAAAUUCUCUACAGAGCCGUCAUCUUGACAUGCAGGGUAACAUCUAUGCAUUUGGAGUACUACUGCUCGAAAUAAUCAGCGGAAGACCUCCAUAUUGCAAAGACAAAGGGUGCUUAGUAGAUUGGGCCAAAGAAUUCCUUGAAUUGCCAGAGGUAUUGCCAUAUGUUGUAGAUCCCGAGUUGAAACAUUUCAGAUACGAAGACCUCAAAGUGAUUUCUGAAGUGGUCAAUCUCUGUAUCCACCCAAGUUCGAGUAGCAGGACUUCGAUGAGAGAUUUGUGUGCUAUGCUGGAGAGGGACAUUGACACAUCCAUAACUGCAGAGCUCAAGGCAUCGUCUUUAGCAUGGGCUGAGCUUGCACUCUCAUCCUAACCGCCAAAGCUACAAAGCUAACUGUAUACAUACAUACAUACAUAUAUCAUAGGUGUUUAAUUGUCUAGCACAUUUUCAAUCCCUUUUAUUUUUUGUUAUUUUCUUUGUAAUCUCUUGAUCCAUUCUCCUUUCUAAUAUUUUGGAGUUAUGGUAAGUGCAUGCAAAUUUUGCAUGCUGGUAGAAAGUAUUAUUUAGAGUUCAAAAGUUGCUAGUUUUGAUCCUUUGUAUUCAAACUGGAACUACAAUGACUUGAGUGUUAAAUAGUGAAUGAAAGUCCAUUUAGCAA